AUGAGGAAGCUUAUUGUGUUUCUAGCUGCAAUAAUUCAUUUAUCAGCUCACGCUGCUGUAGUCGAUCCAGUCAAUGAAGUAGCAAUAAAUUGUGAUCCCAGUAAAUACAGUGAUGACGAAUAUGAAUACCUUGAAUGCUUCUUAAUUGAGGUCAAAUCACCAAAAGAUAAAGUUGUUGUGACGUCAUCGAGCAUUAAUAUGGACACAAUUAAUUCAUCAAACAAGACGAUCCACGUUGACAUUACUGGAAAUGUCAAUUAUCCUGAAUAUUUCCCAAAGAAUCUCGCUGCAUAUUUCAAAGGAACUCACACAUUUAGGUACAAAGAGACACCACUGAAGUUCAUUAAGCGUGAGGAUUUCAAGGAUUUAGGAUCGACAUUGACACUUUUAAACCUUGGAGAAAGUGAGAUCGAAGACAUCCCGUACGAUGCUUUCUAUGACUUGACAAACCUCGUUUAUUUGGAUAUAAGUGACAACAGACUGAAGAACCUCGACACAAGAUUGUUCCUCAAUUCUCCAAAAUUUAAUUCAUUGUUUAUUAGGUCCAAUGAAAUCACUGAAAUCCAUCCAGACUUACUCAAUAGCUGCCCAGAAUUCUAUGUCCUUUAUGCUGGGUUCAAUAAAAUUGAGGAAUUUCACGAAGAUUUGUUCAAAAGCAACCCAAAAAUGUGGGUUAUUUCAAUGAGGCACAACAGAAUCAAGAACAUCCCAAUCGACUUUAAUAGAUUCACAGAACUGCAUGUUGCUGACUUCACACACAAUGGAGGAACCUGUGACACAAUGUAUUUUAUGAACCAGCCAUAUGUUGAAUAUUACAACGAUGAGGAACAGAAGAAGUGGAUUAAAACUGUGCCUGAUUUCCAGAAGAAAAUUAAAGAGGUUUGCAGAGAUGACUUUCAGUUUAAAUUUAAUCUCUUUGAAAUGUGGAAGCUUAUUUUCAUCCUCGCCUUAUUUCUUCAAUGCUCUACACAUGCCUCAGUAUUUGAGCUUCUACAACCAAUAGCUGAGGUGUCGCUAACCUGCGGACCGAUCACAUUUAUUGACUCAUACACAGAAUCCCUCGAUUGCAGUUUAAAGGAUGUAAAAUCAUCAAAUAUUGAAGUUGCAGUGACAUCAAGUGAUGUUGACAUGGCAGGCUUAAUAUCUCGUGAGAAUUUCGUCAACAUUGACAUCACUGGGGAUGAUAAAUAUCCAGAAUACUUCCCAAAACACUUAGCCAAGACUCUAAAAGGAACAACAACAUUUACAUACACAAAGACGCCUCUGAAGGUCAUCAAGCGUGGCGAUUUGACUGAUUUUGGAACUAAAUUAUAUAUUUUGAGCCUAGCUGACAAUAAAAUUGAGGAUAUUGCGUACGAUGCCUUACACGGACUGACAAAACUUCGCAACUUGAUUCUCAGCAACAAUAAAUUGAAUGAUUCUGGGGAAAAAUGUCGUAAUUGCAUUUUGUUCUUUUACUUGUUAUAA